AUGCUGCCGAGCCCCGUCACCUCCACCCCCUUCUCCGUCCAGGACAUCCUGCGGCCAGAGCGCGAGCUGAGCGGCCCUCAGGUUUCGCCACUUUGCGGGGCGCGGAGGACAAACCCGGAACCCCGAGAGCCCGAGAUCCACAGCGCCGGUGACCGUGGCGGCGGCGGCGACCCGGGACAAGGCCGAGCGGAGCCUCCUGCGGCUCCCCACGAGGCGCACAAGGAGAUGGACACGGAACCACUGCGGGAGCCACAGCUGAACCUUGGUGCGGCCUCCCCCCUCCGCGGCGCAACCACGGUGCCGGAGCGCAGCCUGAGCAGCAGCGGUGACGGCGUGCGCGGUGGCGGCGCGGAGCUGUCCAAGGCGCGGCAGCGGCGGAAGCCACGCGUGCUAUUUUCGCAAGCGCAGGUGCUGGCCCUGGAGCGGCGCUUCAAGCAGCAGCGGUACCUGUCGGCUCCCGAGCGCGAGCACCUGGCCAGUGCGCUGCAGCUUACAUCCACGCAGGUCAAAAUCUGGUUUCAGAACAGGCGCUACAAGUGCAAGAGGCAGCGCCAAGACAAGUCGCUGGAACUGGCCGGCCAUCCUCUAGCUCCGCGCCGCGUGGCAGUGCCCGUGCUGGUUCGCGACGGCAAGCCCUGCCUGGGCCCAGGCGCACCCACCUUCGCCGAUCCCUUUGGCGCUGCAGCAGCCUCCUAUUCCUGCUAUGGAGGCUAUGCUAGUGCGCCCUACGGCGCGGGCUACGGCGGCUGCUACACGGGCGCGACCCCAAGUCCCACGCCGCUGGCUAGCGCAGGCUUCGGCCCCGGAAGCCUGAACACCGCCCCGCAGGACCAACUGCCCGCUACGCUGCACGGCGUCAGGGCGUGGUGA